CUGAACGACCUUGUCAGAAUUCUUCUCAUUUUUCUCUCAUUCAGUGAUUUCGUCAAGGGCACGCUUGGACCCAUUCUAAAAAGCAAUCCUGUGACGAAAGAUCUGAAAGUGAUGGCGUUGGAUGACAAUAAAAUCUCGCUGCCCCGUUGGGCUGAUACAAUCUUCGACGAUAGCGAAGCAGCCAAAUAUGUAGACGGAAUCGGUGUUCACUGGUAUCUCGAUGCUCUUGUCCCAGCCACAGUAUUGACAACUACGCAUAAUCGCCACCCAGAAAAAUUUAUACUCGCCACUGAGGCAUGUGCUGGUGCUCUUGUCGGUCACGGUCCUAUUUUGGGAGAUUGGUACCGUGGAGAAGAAUACGCUGUCAAUAUUAUAGAGGUAGAUUGCACACUGCUUGGAAGCUCACUUACGUUUUGGUUCAAGCUUUUGCAGAAGAAUCUUCUGCAUCUGUAG